AUGACCUCCAAGUCCCCCCUCUCCGGCAUCAAAGCCCUAACGUUCGAUGUCUUCGGCACAACCGUUUCCUGGCGCGAGGCAGUUGCCAAUGCUUUAGCUGAAGCUGCACGCAACAAACUUGCUUUUCUCAAGUCCCAAGAAAUUACCCCAGAUCCUGAGGUCAUCAAGGGCCUGGAGCGUCUCACAACUCAAAAAGGUUCUGCCGCCCUAGCAGCUCAAUGGCGGGCUUCAUACUCCACAUUCACAAGGGGUUUUAGAAAGGGGGAGAUGGAAUGGAAGACGGUAGAUGAUCACCACCGGGACAGUCUCGCCUCCCUCCUAGCUUCAGAGCCAUGGAAUGUCCUUACCGUCUUCACCCCCUCCGAACUCCAAGACCUAAGUCUCAUCUGGCACCGCCUCCCCGCGCACCCCGACGCACGCCCCGGCCUCCAAGCCCUCAGUUCCCUAGGUCUAACAACAGCAACCCUCACCAACGCAAACCACAUCCUCCUGCACAACCUCAUCACCUUCUCCUCCCUCCCCUUCCAUUAUCUCUUCUGCGCCGAGGACUUCUAUGCCUACAAGCCCUCUCCCGAAGUCUAUCUCGGCGCGUGUAAAGCCAUGGGACUGCAACCGGGGGAAGUAGCUAUGGUCGCGGCACAUCUGGGGGAUUUAGACGCUGCGAGGGGCAUAGGGAUGAAGACGGUUUAUGUGGAACGGGAGGGGGAGGAGGAGUGGGAUGAGCAGAGGAGGCGAGAGGCGAGGGGGUGGGUGGAUUUUUGGGUUGCGGAGGGAGAGGGGGGGUUUGGGAAGGUCGAGAGGGGGAUCAGGGGGGUUUGA